ACGACCAUCGCAUUACGCAUAGAAACGAAUCCUCCAUUCGCGCGCAAACAAUCAAACCACCGAAAUCCGUCACAAGUUAUGAGAUCCACAUACCUCUUCAUCCUCUCUGUAGCGACAGCUGCCGCCUACGCGCAACAAAAUGACGAGAACACCGCUGUCAAACCAACAGGAUCAGAAACCGUAGUCACAUGGAGUGGCCAACCCGUAACAAUCCCCAUAUUCGAUUCAAACACCGCACCCCGCUUCGACGACAAACCCACCACGAACCCAACCCUCGCGCCCCCCGCAGAACCCUCCGUCACAUUCAGCGCUUAUGACGGACCGAUCCCAUCAGCUUCCUCUUCCAACUCUCCUUCAGUCUCCUCACUUGCAUCUUUGAGUGAAUCCACCUCGUCUCCCCUGGUCAUCUUCCCAGGUGGUAGUGGUCCGCCUGUGACCGAAGGGGUCCCUAACACGAGGACGGAUGCGAGUGUGACAACAAGUACGCAGAGUACUAGCAGCACGCAGAGCGAGGCGCCGAGUUCGAGUAGUGCGGCGCCUGCGGACGGGAAUGCGGGGACGAGGGUUGAAGGAGGGCUCGGUGGGCUGGUGAUUGGGGGGUUGGUUGCACUUAUGGGGGCUGUAUAA